AUGCUAUCUUCUCGUUUUUCAUACUGCGUGCGAUCGAUUCGUAAUAACAAAAAUUUAACGGUGUUUUCCACUCAUCCACUUCGUGCUUUUAUUACUAGUUGGGCACACAUUCCCCAAGGUCAACCGGAUGCCAUCCUCGGUAUUACCGAUGCCUACAAAAAGGACACUCAUCCAAAAAAAAUGAAUUUAGGCGUUGGUGCAUACAGGGAUGAUAAUGGAAAACCGUAUGUUUUGAAUGCCGUUAGAAAAGCGGAACAAAAGAUUAUUCAAAAUAAACUUGAUAAAGAAUACUUACCUAUUACCGGUCUUCCCGCUUUCACCCAAGAAGCAGCACUUUUAGCAUACGGUAAAGAUUCCGAGCCAUUGCAAGAAGGGUUGAUAGCGGUUACUCAAUCUAUUUCGGGUACUGGAGCUCUCCGGAUCGGUGGCGUAUUCUUAAAUCGAUUCUAUCCUUAUCAAAAAAAGAUAUAUUUUCCAACUCCGACAUGGGGUAAUCACGGUGCCGUUUUUAAAGAUUCGGGAUUUGAAAUUGCCCAAUAUAGAUAUUUUGAUAAAACUACCAAUGGCUUAGAUUUCGAAGGUUUUAUGGAAGAUAUCCGGAAUGCACCCAAGAACUCAAUUUUUCUUUUGCAUGCUUGCGCGCAUAAUCCUACUGGUGUUGAUCCUACGUCACAACAGUGGGAUCAAAUUUCCAAGCUCAUAAAGGAACGUGGACACUUCCCAUUUUUUGAUAUGGCCUAUCAAGGAUUCGCGUCUGGUGAUAUAGAUCGUGAUGCGUACGCUGUCCGCAAGUUUGUAUCUGAUGGGCAUCGAAUUGCUUUAUCACAAUCAUUUGCUAAAAACAUGGGACUGUAUGGUGAACGAGCUGGUGCAUUUUCAUUGAUCACUGAGAACCCAAAAGAAAAGGCUGCAGUGGAUUCACAACUUAGAUUGGUGAUUCGACCCAUGUAUUCUAACCCUCCAGUAAAUGGUGCACGAAUUGCAAGUUAUGUACUUAGCGAUCCAGAAUUAUAUAAAGAAUGGCAAUUAAUGCGAAAGAAACUUAAGCAUCACUUGGUCGAAGAUUUUGAAUCUAAACUUCCUUGGAAUCAUAUCACUGAUCAAAUUGGAAUGUUUUGUUAUACUGGCUUAAAACCUGAACAGGUCGAACGUCUCACUCACGAUUACCAUGUGUACUUAACUAAAGAUGGUCGUAUUUCAAUUGCUGGUAUUUCUUCAAGCAAUGUCAAAUAUUUAGCUGAGGCAAUUCAUGAGGUGUCAAAAUAA